UGGUUACCUCGUUCUUCUGUCAUUCCGGCUUGAACUCUCCUCUACACCCAGAAUUUCUUGUGUACUUGUAUAGUGAUAGAUUCACUGAGCAGAAACAUUGAGUUUACCCUCGCCUAACUCGAGGACAAGGCCUUCUUUAUUUUCAUACAAUAUCACUAUCUGAGUUUGAGGAGUUGUCCGCAGUUGUGGUUGAGUUGGGUCGUUGGCAAUUCCGAGUAGAUUUGAGGACGCUUCGUUAAAGGCACAGCCUGUGCGGUUAUUCGAGCAGCAGGUGCGGAAAGGGGGCUUUGGGUUGUGUGUGGCGGCGGAGACCAGGGUGAAUUGUGGAAUCGCUUUCAGAGAGGAACAUUCCGUAGAAUGUAUGUUAUUAAGAGAGAUGGAAGGCAGGAGGCUGUUCAUUUCGACAAGAUCACUGCGCGCCUGAAGAAGCUCAGCUAUGGCCUAAAUCCCGAGCAUUGCGAGCCAGUUCUCGUUGCGCAGAAAGUUUGUAUGGGAGUUUACAAGGGGGUCACUACUAGUCAGCUUGAUGAAUUAGCCGCUGAGACUGCUGCGGCCAUGACUGCGAACCAUCCUGACUAUGCCAUUCUAGCGGCGAGAAUUGCAGUCUCGAAUCUACAUAAGAAUACGAAGAAAUCAUUCUCUGAGACGGUGAAGGAUAUGUAUUACCACGUAAACGAGAGGUCCGGAUUAAAGUCUCCGCUUAUUGCUGAUGAUGUUUACGAUAUCAUCAUUAAGAAUGCCCCGCGCCUGGACAGCGAGAUUAUAUAUGACAGGGACUUUGACUACGAUUACUUUGGCUUCAAGACAUUAGAGAGAUCUUAUCUUCUGAAAGUUAACGGUAAAGUCGUGGAAAGGCCUCAACACAUGCUUAUGAGGGUAUCCGUUGGUAUCCACAAGGAGAACAUCGAGGCGGUCCUAAAGACAUAUCACAUGAUGUCCCAAAGAUGGUUCACCCACGCGUCUCCAACCCUAUUCAACGCAGGGACUCCCCGGCCGCAGCUAAGCAGCUGUUUCCUACUGUGCAUGAAAAAUGACAGUAUUGAGGGGAUUUACGAUACCCUGAAGGAGUGUGCUGUAAUUAGCAAGUCGGCCGGUGGCAUUGGCCUGUCUGUCCAUAACAUCCGCACGACAGGCAGCUACAUCCGGGGCACCAAUGGAACUUCCAAUGGUAUAAUCCCCAUGCUGAGGGUGUUUAAUGACACUGCCCGGUAUGUUGACCAGGGUGGCGGUAAGAGGAAGGGUGCGUUUGCAAUUUACCUUGAACCCUGGCAUGCAGAUAUCUUCGAAUGGUUGGACCUUCGAAAGAACCACGGGAAGGAGGAAAGUAGAGCUCGGGAUUUGUUCUAUGGACUUUGGAUCCCCGACCUUUUCAUGCAACGUGUCCAAAAUAAUGGCACAUGGUCUCUGUUCUGCCCCAAUGAAGCGCCAGGACUCGCGGAUUGUUGGGGUGAACAAUUCGAGACUCUCUACGCUCGAUACGAGUUAGAGAGGCUCUGCGAAUGUAGAGAGCUCAUUCGCUGCUGGUCCUACUGUUUGAAGGAUGCCUGCAACAGAAAGAGCAACCAGCAAAAUCUGGGAACCAUCAAGUCUUCCAAUCUUUGUACCGAAAUAGUGGAGUUUACAAGUCCUGACGAGACUGCCGUCUGCAACUUGGCUUCACUUGCACUUCCUCGCUUCGUUCGAGAGAAAGGAGUUUCUCUGGAGUCUCAUCCUACAAAGAUUAUCGGAAGCAAUGGCCACGAGAAUCGAUUCUUCGAUUUCAAUAAGCUCGGCGAGAUCACUUCACUGGUAACUCGCAACCUCAAUAGAAUUAUCGAUGUGAACUACUACCCGGUAGAAACAGCAAGGCGAUCUAACAUGCGCCACAGACCUAUUGGGCUCGGAGUUCAGGGCCUCGCUGACGCUUUCAUUUUGCUGGGCAUGCCAUUCGAUUCUGAAGAGGCCCAGCAGUUGAAUAGGGAUAUUUUUGAAACUAUCUACUACCAUGCUUUGAAGACUUCAUGUGAGCUGGCUGCCGAGGAGGGUGUUUACGAGACAUACGCAGGAUCUCCGAUUAGUAAGGGGGCACUGCAGCCAGACAUGUGGAACGUGAAGCCCUCAACCCGAUGGGACUGGGAUUCCUUGAGACAAAUGAUACUAAAUAACGGUGUACGCAAUUCUCUACUCUUGGCACCAAUGCCCACUGCAUCGACCAGUCAAAUCUUAGGCAACAAUGAGUGCUUCGAGCCGUAUACAUCGAACAUUUACAGCAGACGAGUACUGAGCGGCGAAUUCGUGGUGGUCAACAAGCACCUUCUCAACGACUUAACAAACAUGGGCCUUUGGACGCACGACUUGAAAAACCAAGUCAUCUAUCACAAUGGCUCAAUUCAGCAAAUCGACGUCAUUCCAGAUGACUUAAAGAAGAUAUACAGGACCGUCUGGGAAAUCAAACAGCGGUCAAUUGUGGAUAUGGCCGCCGCGAGAGGAGCGUUCAUCGACCAGAGUCAAAGUCUGAACAUCCACAUGGACCAGCCUAACUUUGGAAAGCUUACUUCUCUUCACUUCUACACCUGGACGAAGGGUUUGAAAACAGGCAUGUAUUAUUUGCGGUCGAGAGCUGCCGCAGACGCAAUCAAAUUUACAGUGGAUCAAAGUAGUAUUAAGUUAACUCCUAUGCAGAGUAAGCAAGAAACGCCUGCCGCAGUUGUCUCUAACAAUCUGGAGGAAAAGAUGUCUCAAAUGGUGUGCUCGCUUGAGAACAAGGACGAAUGUAUGUCAUGUGGCAGUUAGAGAAUAUAUCGUAGCCUACUCUUCUAUUAGUCAUGCCCUUGCUGGGCAGGUAGCGAAGAACGUUAAGGGACGAAUCUUCAUCACUUAUGAAGAUAGUCUGUCCUGUGUAUCGUACCACACUAGCUUGUACAUUUUCAGUGGUAUUCAAUUACGCAGCCACUUUUCAUCCAAUUCUGCCGUAGCUAUUUUUUUUGUGUAAUCAUUCCAUGGUAAUAAUUCCGCUUCUGAAUCCGUGACGUAGACAAAUUUCACUUUGUGUUUCGAAUACGAAAUGACUCAGAAUUGUUUUAUCUUAAAACUUCCCAAAUUUA